GCUCAAUUGAUUUUCUUGUUUCUUAUUCCACGAGAGCAUGGCACGAUUCACAACAAUGGUGGUGUUUAAUGGCGUACUUCUUGUAGCCCUUGUCUUAUCAGUUGAAAUGGUGACACCAAUAAUGGGCAAUGCAUGUAGUGAUUUGAUACCAAUUAAGCCGAAAUGGUGUGCUGGGGAACAAGUAUCAGAUGACUGUUGGGAUGCUUGCAGGUUAAAGCAUGGUGAGAAAAUUGCAGCAAAGUGUUUUUAUGAACCAUUAAUUCCAGGAAAUGAUAGGGCUUGUAAAUGUUAUUGGCCAUGUUUAAUUAAUGAUGUUUUUUAUCCUAAUGGGACAUAA